AUGAAGUUCAUCACUUUGACUUUGUUCUCCAUAUCCGCUUUGACGGCCGCCGUUCUCCUAGAACCAACCAAAGUCAUUCAGGACACACCUCACCCUGUUUUAGCGGCUCGUGAAGUUUGCUGCUCCGAAACUUAUCCUCAGAAGAAAUGCGUGUGCUUCAGCUCUUCUCAAGCGGUCAGUCCUGGUUUCGGUGGAAAACGUCUGACUAGAAAUUGUACUGACUUGCAAAGGAAUGUGCUAAGGGAAACUGUGAGUGGAGGCCGUAGAUUGAGGAACCUUAUGCUAGAUCUACUUUCGUCGACAUUUGAAUAG